AUGACCGUUGAACAACUUAUGGCGCUUAGUGACAUAAUUGAUGAUAGCGACUAUGAGGAAAGUUUUGAGGAUGAAGUGGAGAGAAUAUCUGAGGACAAGUUCUAUCGAGUUGCACCUAAGGAUAAGGGCAAAGAUCCCUUUGAAGGAGAAAGACAAUUCAUAGAUGAAGGUGACCGUUCUACAGACUCAAAAAGACCAAGGAGACGCCCAUUAAAUGAGAAGGGUGAGAGAGGUAUAAUGCCAACAUGGAAAUAUUCCGAGAGACAGAAGGCAAAGGCUUUACUAGUCGAGGAGGCGUAUCAGAGCCUACUUAGUAGAGGAGUUAAAGGCUUACCACCAACAAUGGGAGGUAGAUGGAGAACGGAUGAUCCUCAGGUAAAUGCGGAGAUGAAGAGGUUAGAGAACCUUAGGAACCCAAAGCGUCCUAGAGGCAGGCCACCAAAGGUUAAGGUUGAUAGUGAAGCCAAGGUCCCAAAAAGACGUGGAAGACCAUCACAGGUCAAGGCAGCCGAAACACCAGAAGCUAAGGUCCCCAAACGAAGAGGUAGACCACCAAAGGUCAAGGUAACUGAAACACCGAAACCUAAGGUUAAAAGACAAACUGUCGCGGAGAGGUUUAUAAGUCAAAACAGAAUAAAACUCUCAAUUCCUGCGGAUAGUGUGAUAACUCAGGUGGGACCAGGUAAGUUCACGGUGACCGUGGAUCUUAGUAAGAAACCAACAAGGAAAGCUCCUGAGGUACCGAAGGGUGUUGCUCCAUGGAAACCUAUUCCUAAGCCUAGAACUGUGAUCCCAAAGGAAAGACCUGUUCCUAAACCUAGAACCGUUCCUAGGGAAAGACCAGUUCCCAAGCCUAGAACUAAAAAGCCAGCGCCCCCUCCAAAGUUAAGAAAGCCUGCGAAGGUGACUAAGGAAGUUGGGGAACAGCCGGUAGUGGUCGCACCAGAGAAACAUGAAAUUGAUCCUUUUGGAACAUACCUUGAGAAGCCGUCCUAUAGGAAAAUAGAAACUGCCGCAAAUGGUGCAGCUGUGACUUACUCUAUAACUCCAAACUACAUGGAUCCCCUGAACCAGAUGACCGCAAGUAGGCAGGUGGUGAGGGGAGUAUUAGUGAACGAGUUGAAGAGAAUGGGAGGGCUGAAAUAUACGGAAACCAUCAAG